CACAAACCCAAGCUGUGCAGUUACGAAAUUCCUCCUCGCAACCAAAAUAGCCCCUCGAUUUCGACGUCAACUCAAUUGCCGCCUCAAAACACCGCCAAAAUGCCUCGCGAAGUCGCCGACAUCAAGAAGUUCAUCGAGAUCUGCCGGAGGAAGGAUGCUUCCUCUGCCAGGAUCAAGAAGAACAAGAAGUCGAACCAGGUCAAGUUCAAGGUUCGCUGCCAGAAGAACCUGUACACCCUGAUACUCAAGGAUGCGGAGAAGGCCGAGAAGCUCAAGCAGAGCCUGCCCCCUAGCCUGACGGUCACCGAGGUCAGCAAGAGUGACAAGAAGUCCAAGUCAUCAUAGAUGUUGAAACUUUCAUGUUUACUUGUUUAUGAGUUCGGCUUUCUUGGCUUGCUGUUUUUUUAGAGGGAGUGACGGACAAGGCAAAUAAAAAAAAGGUACUCUUUGAACGACGGUGCAUCACGAAGGGAUUUUGCAUUUUGCAGCAAGCAACCCCAAAGACGGAUCGGGGGAUAUUUCAUGAUCAAGGCGUCUAGGUGUACACCUCGGAAUUCAGGCCUGGCGGGGGCCGUUGAAACAAACGAAGAAAAAAAGCAUGCCCUGCAAGCUCUUGGGCCCUUUCU